ACAUCUCACAGCCACCGCCUGCUACGCCCGAGCUCAUGUUCCAGUCCGUUUGGGCGAAUCCUUUCACAUCAACCAUCAGCGCCGCAAUGCUAGGGCCAAGUCCUCGGGUGCAUUACGCCAAUGGCAAUACGGCACUAUACUCGACUGAGCGGCAAACUGUCCAUGCAGAUCUCGACCACAAUCACCUUCGCUUCCCCUUCGCGUUGGUGGCGAACUACUAUCUUAUCGACACAUGUCCCACGAACGGCGGCACGGAAGUGUGGGUUGGUAGUCACCGAGACACCAGUCUCGCAGAUCAUGUCGAUUCGCGCGAUGCGCCAGGAGGCCUGUCAAGUAUACGGCCAGAACUUGUCAGCGAACGGCUCAAGACCCUUCCGCCAGUGCAGAUCUCAGUCAAGGCAGGAGAUUUAGUUCUUCGGGAUGUAAGGCUGUGGCACGCAGGAAUGCCCAACCAGACUAACGUGCCCCGCAUCAUGUUAGCUUUUCUCAUAUUUCCUUGGUGGUAUCAGGCGCCCAUGAAGAUGGCACUUCCUUACGCAGCGCAGUCACUGGUCCAGAGAUGGACAAAGGAAACAGGGCUCGAGUUCGAAGUUGAAUGGUUGAAGGAAGAUGAAUCUCCAUCGAAGUUUUUUGUCACCACUGCCUCGGCGAAUAGACAUGUAGUAUAUGGAUGAGAAAUGGUGAAUAACGGGGUUAGCCGAGAUAGCAUGCAGUCAAGCGUCAUGCAUGUUGUGCGGAAUCAAGACGGAAGAGGAUUAAUGGCAUGCGCGGCCAAUUUGAGCCCCCCAGUACCAAUAAACGUGUGAGCAGGCGGGGGACCAAAAUGACCCAGUAUCAUUGUCGGGUAAUCUGGCGGGGUGGAAAGUCUGUCAAGCUAACCUCUUUGUGGAUUACCGUCAUGUUCAUCAGAGUGACUUCAACGAAGAACGACUUCUAGAUAGGCACGCGAAAGAACCACCAAAUAAUC